ACUCACACGAACGACAAGGAACCGUCACCAUGAACUGCGCCUUUCCAACCCUGGAGGGCUGCGACUACAACACGGCUUCGGAUCUGGCGUCCGCUUGCUUCGUCGACCACGACGAGGAGGCAAUCCGGAGGAAAAGCCGCAACGGAUUUUUCUGGAGGCAGGACGGGAUGCUGCAGAAGGUCRAGCGGCGACCGAGCUAUCGCGACGGCGGCGGCGACGACGACGGUUGCGACCACCACACCAUCGGCGACACCACCAUCGGCGACACCGCCAGGAGCAUCCUCUGCGACGCACGGAGCCAGCUGGGGCACAGCCGGUCCCACUCCUCCUCCGACGGGGGAAUCGUGCGGAAGUUCGUKGGYGCCGCCUACGUCCGGGAGGCGGACUCCUUCCUCGAACCCGGCCGCGCCAACGCGGACGACGACGUCGUCGCCGACGAAGACACGACGGUGGCCUUGUCGGCCUUUGUCUCCAGCGACUACGCCUUUCGGGAGAGCCGCCGGACCGCCGACCGGUUCGGCGGCGAAACGCCGGUAGCGGCGGAAGCGAGCGGRCGCCCUSGGAGCAACCGCAGCUGCGACAGCGAGGAAACGGGCUCCCUCGUGUCCUACCGAACGGAAUGGACCAAUGCGACGGCGGCAACCGCAACACCAAACGGAACCAAACAAGGGGAGUUCUUCCGCUGGCAGUCCUCGACCACCCCCAACGAACAGGAACACCUCCAGCGGCUCCACGAGGAAUUCCAGCAGCACAAGAAAUCCUACCAGCAGCAACUCCAGCAACGCCAGCAAUACGAGCAGCAGCAAUACGAGCACCAACACGCACAGCCAAAACGACAACCGCACCAGCACCAGCACCAGCAAUACGAGGACAGGCGAUGGCAAAAGCAACGCCAGCAGCAGCAGCAGCAGCAAUACGAGGAACAGCACUAUCCAAGCGACCAAUACCACCACCACCACCACCACCACCAGCAGCAGCAGCAGCAGCAACAACAGCACCAGCACUACGACCAGGAAAACACCCCGAGGGGACCCGCCUCGCCCACCGACAGCGUCGGAGCCGUGCGGCCCACGAGGGGUGGRCGCUCGGCCAACACCGAAGCCGACGACAAGAAGAGCCACUACUCGGCCUUUGACUACAUCCGCGCGGUCCAGCGACAGUUCACGCAACCCUACAAGGACCCGCCCUCCGACAAAUCCAUGGCUACCUCCGAUUCCAUCCGGGCCGAAGACGCGGGGUCGGCACUCUACAAGAAAGGAUACCUGCCCCAGAAAAAAUACGAGAACGAACUCGUGAAGCAGAUUGUCAAAAGAAGGCAUCUGGCGCUUAUCCAGGCGGGCGAAGAGCCCUGAUCGAUCUCCGGUUCCGCUCCAACGGACCACGAUUCGAUACGACGUGUGUCCUAGCGGUUGCUGUGUUGCGUUUACGAUGUGCAUUCACUGGUACUGUACUUAAAAUUUUGCUAGUCGGAAACGACAAUAUAGCGACCAUCGAUUC